UUUGUUCCAGCUCUAGUUGACGUGUUGUUUUGUUAAAUUUAGUAAAUAUACCAAUUGAAUUGUGCUUAAAUUAAGUAGAUAUGUCUCAGUUUGGCGGACCCAAUGACUUUUACGGCUCUUCGCCAUCGGCGGAUGCCAGUUACAACUUCGAUAUGCCGGAAUUUGGUCAGGAACUGAACUUCCAAACCUUCGACAACACACAGGCCUCGGUGCCGCCCAACUAUGAUGCGGCCUAUGCCCAGCCACCGGCCCAAGGAUUGGGCGGAUUCUACGAUCCUACGGCGUACACGGACACGAGUUACGGCCAGGACAAGAGCGGAAAACAAGGCGCCGCCGGAGGAGCCGGCAACGAGUUCGACGAUGAGCCACCACUUUUGGAGGAACUGGGCAUCAAUCCGAAUCACAUUUUCCAAAAGACACUCGCCGUGCUGAAUCCUUUGCGGGGCACCGACCAGCAAAUUCUGCAGGACACGGACAUGGCGGGGCCACUGGUCUUCUGCCUCACACUUGGCGGCUUCCUACUACUGAGCGGCAAGGUGACGUUCUCCUACAUCUACGGAAUCGGCGUGAUGGGCUGCAUCUUCUUCUAUUGCCUGCUCUCGCUGAUGGUCAGCCGGUCGCAGGUGACCUUCGGGGCGGUGGCCUCGGUGCUCGGCUAUUGUCUGCUGCCCAUGGUGGUGCUGUCGGGUAUCAACAUUUUAAUCACCAUUCAGGGCACACUCGGCCUAAUUGUGAGCGGCAUCUCCAUAUUCUGGUGCGCCAUAUCGGCCUCGAAACUGUUCGCCACCGCCUUCUCCAUGGACCAUCAACAGCUGCUGAUUGCCUAUCCGUGUGCAGUGCUCUAUGGAGGAUUUGCGUUGAUUACCAUUUACUAGGGCCACGAGCUGCCUGCGAGCUAUUCCAACCACCCAACCAUCCAACCGCCCACUGUUGUUCUGUUUGCCUGGUUUUAAUUGUCCUGCAAACAAACACACACUCUCGCAGCACAACAAAUACACACACACACACACGGGCCAGGAAGAGAAGUAAAAAGAGGAGAGCCACACAUGGAUAUCUAUAUUUUUAAGAAAAUAAGCGCCGAUUGCAAAUUUGUUUUCCAUAUUCUCCUUUUUUUUUGGGGGGAGGGGAUGCCAAGCUCCUUUUUCACUCAAUACUUUUGUUGUCAGUCGAUGUAAUAAAUUUGAUUGCGAAUAAAAAAAUGGUUAACAAAUUGAAA